AUGCUAUCAAUAUUAUCAUUUUUCUUCAUGUUGAUCUUUGUUCUGCUCUGUUUCCUGGGGAUCCUGGCCAACGGCUUCAUUGUGCUGAUACUGAGCAGGGAAUGGCUACGGCGUGGCAGGCUGCUCCCCUCGGACAUGAUCCUCUUCAGUUUGGGCACCUCUCGAUUCCUCCAGCAAUGUGUUGGGCUGGUGAACAGUCUCUACUACUUCCUCUACCUGGUUGAAUACUCCAGGAGCCUUGCCCGGCAGCUCAUUAGUCUUCAUUGUGACUUUUUGAACUCGGCUACUUUCUGGUUUGGUACCUGGCUCAGCGUCCUGUUCUGUCUCAAGAUUGCUAACUUCUCCCACCCUGCCUUCCUUUGGUUGAAGUGGAGAUUCCCAGCAUUGGUGCCCUGGCUCCUGCUGGGCUCUAUCUUGGUGUCUUGCAUCGUAACUCUGCUGUUCUUUUGGGGAAACCACACUUUAUAUCAGGCAUUCUUAAAGAAAAAGAUUUCGGGGAACACAACCUUUAAGGAGUGGAACAGAAGGCUGGAAAUAGAUUAUUUUAUGCCUCUGAAACUUGUCACCAUGUCAAUUCCUUGCUCUCUUUUUCUGGUCUCAAUUUUGCUGUUGAUCAAUUCUCUCAGAAGGCAUUCUCAAAGAAUGCAGCACAAUGCUCACAGCUUGCAAGAACCCAAUGUCCAGGCUCACAGCAGAGCCCUGAAGUCGCUCAUCUCAUUCCUGGUUCUUUACGCACUGGCCUUUGUGUCCAUGGUCAUUGAUGCUACAAUCGUCAUCUCCUCAGACAACGUGUGGUAUUGGCCCUGGCAAAUUAUACUUUAUUUGUGCAUGUCUGUACAUCCAUUUGUCCUCAUCACCAAUAAUCUCAGGUUCCGAGGCACCUUCAGGCAGCUACUCUUGUUGGCCAGGGGAUUCUGGGUGGCCUAGAAG